AUGGCGGCCACGACUGCCACGGCGACUUCCUUGAGCCAGAACACUGUGUCCACGGAUACCACUCCUCUGAAUGGCAACGCCGAGGACUACUACCUCGGUUUCCGUGACGCCGAUUUCCAAAAGCCGUACGCCAAGUACUACAACCCCGUGGUCGCUCCCAUCUCCGAUGCACUCGUCAAUGGAUUGGCCGACAGUCCCUGGCCCAGUGCCUUUACUUUCUCCGUCUGGGAAGCCCAUGACUACUUCGCCCGUCCAGGAUACUUGGAUUUGGAGAACGGCUACUCCAUCAGUAGCAACGGAACCCUAAUGAUUACCGUGCGCAGCGAGAUUCCCCAAGUCACCGGUGAGCAGUACGACUGGUGGUUUGGCUGGCAUUCAGUCGAAACCGCCCGAUACAAGCUCUGGAACCCUAUUGCUCACCAAUACUCCUACCGGACCCCCUUCUCCGGGAACUGGGCCAACCAGACUUACACGGAGCGCUAUAUCGGCACUACAUCUUACAUCGAUGAGUAUGUGGGUAACGACGCUGCAAAGCUAAGCAUUGAGUUUGUCGAGCCGACCUCCUUGGGGUUCAACACGACUGCCUGGCCUGAGUUGGGCAUUGAGACUAUUGUCAUUGGCAAAGUCAUGAUCGGAAACUACUCCACCACCGCAUUCGACGACGUCUCCUACCUGAUGCACCAAGUUCGCCGCAUGCCCAACGGCUACCGCGAGCUCCGCUCUCGCUUCUUCAUUGCCGAGAACAACCACGGCAGUGCUCAGCUUGGCCACGACCUUGCUGUCCACCGCAACAUUGAAAUGACUCAUCUGGGUGCUUUUCUUCCUGCCAUUUUCUAGGAGUUCAAGGAUACCUUGUAAAUCACAUUCAGGAGCCAUGUUCAAUAUACUCAAAUAGAGCUUCACAGUGCUACCGGAGAAGGACAAUUACAUGUAGAAUAGGAUUGUAGCUGGCGUUGCAUCCGAGGCGAGGUGCUGUUUUCGAGAUCCUUGCCUUUGUUUUCCUACUACCUCCAG